CGGUGGUGCUCAUGAUCGAGAUUAUACCAAUAACACCCACUUUAAAAAAAAAGGUUAUUUUAAUAUGUCAAACAAAAAUGAGCUACCAUCAACGCAUCAACCAUAUCAUGAUUAUAACAUGUACAACAAUCAUCCUACAAAAAAAAUCAAUAAACAGGCUCCAGUGAAAAAUGUGUCUUCGUCGACCUUAAGACGAUCUUCUAUUGAUUGUAAAGAGGGUGGCUUAAUGGAAACCAAAGAACAGAAUUAUUUUAUUAACAAAGUUUCUUCCACGCAUAUUUCUCCCAUGUUUUCAAAUCGUGCUUCUUCUCUUACCAGAUCUAACGAGAAAUCUGGUGAUAUGUAUUCUGCACCUCAAACAUCUGAGCAUCAUUCACAAACGUCUCAGGAAAACCCUCUUGUUGCGCGCCGUUCACGACACCGUGAAACAUUACGACGUUCGCGUGCAGAACAGGAUUCCAAUGAAUGGGGUCGUCAAAAAGUUAUGAUACGAAAUAAUAAUUCACCAGCUUGUCAUAAAGACUCUGGUCAACAUUUACGUUCAAUGAAUGAUUUGCCAAGGGAAAGACUUGUGCAAACAAAGCAAUUACGUCCAACGUAUACUGCCCAUGGGCGUACUGAAUCACCUUUUCUAUCCCAGCCAUUUAAAGCCACUAAUCUUUCUUCAAGUCAAGAAUCACGAUACUCCAAUCAGGAUUCACAUUAUUCGAACCGACAUCCGGUGACUUAUACUGGGCGUAAUGUGUAUUCCUCUAAACGUGAUUCAACAUUUUACUCUCACUCUAAAAAAGCUACUUAUAAAAAGAAUUAUCAUGGUCGAGAAUCCUCUUCAAGUCGGUCCAAGUAUCACGGUUUUUCACGAAACCCGAACUCAAGAUAAUGAUCAUAGAAACAAAUAAUGUAUUAAAUCUGAAUAUCAAAACUUUGACCUAGUCAAAAAUUAAAACACUAAGGUUCUUAUCAGUUCUACGAACAAAAUAUAAACGUGAUCCAAUUUGUUGCGUGAUCUUUGUAUACCUUGUUACUCAAGUCGUGUAAAAAGACCAAUAUUAAAUUUUCUUAAUGUUAUGUGUUUAUUGGUUCAUAGCAUCAAUGUAUGACAACACAAGUAAACUUUGUUCAAAUGUUGAUAGACAUGUUUUGAAGAAAUUUAGUUUUUAAAGAAGACUCAAUAAACCAAGUGAAGCAGUAACACUGACUAGUGCUUUCAACAAAUAUUACAAAAAAAGAAAAGCAGCCCAUGGUACAUUUUUUUUGACAUAAGAAAUAAAGCGUUUUUGUUGUUAUUCCAAAAGAGCGACUCAACGGGAAACUGUGGCACAGAUAACAGCAGAGAACAUGGUACUAAUCAAGUUAUAAAAGACAUUUUAUAAUGCAAUGCCCUUUUGAAAAAAAGAUUCUGAAAUGUAACAGAAUGAACAUUUUGUAGGAGAAGGAUGGGAAUCACAUGUGAGAAACGGAAUUGUGGAGUUGUUGUACGCAUAAGAAACCACAGUAAUGGCUGUCGUGAUCAAGUAGUUCAUGAAUAUGCGGUGGAAUGGAGUGGUAACUUCCUUUUUGCAUCAAAAACUCUGUCAAUUUUCUCUUCGAUGUUUGUAGAGGAAGACAAGAGUGUGACUAUUCCCUCUCAACAACAAAAAUAUAAUUUUGAUGUCGUCUUGGGUCCCGACGCCUCACAGCUACAAGUUUAUAAUGUAUCUUGUCAUCCAUUAUUAGAAGCUUUUUUUAAUGGCUAUAAUUGUUGUCUUUUGGCGUACGGUCAAACGGGCUCAGGUAAGACAUUUACAAUGGGAAUUUCUCCCACUCUCCGAACAACGGACGCAGUGUGUGGAAUUUUACCUCGAGCGUCUCAGGAAAUUUUUCAAAUGAUAGAUACAAUGAAGAAUGAAGGCAUCCCGGUCGAUUUCAAUUUAACAUUUGUUGAAGUUUAUAAUGAAGAAAUCCGAGAUUUGUUAGACGAAACUAGUGCACCUUCUGGAACGAAAAAUCUACCAUUAAAAUCGAUACGUGUAACGGAAGAUCCCGUGUCAAAAGCCAUUUGUAUACUUGGAAUUACUCGUGUUAAUGUAAACAGUACAGAGCAGCUUUUAAAUUAUGUUACGCAAGGGGUUGGUUUGCGUAUGACUGCAUCCAACUCAGUGAAUCCAACGAGUUCACGAUCUCACGCCAUAUUGACACUUUCUAUGUCAAGAGGCUCUGGAAGCUUGAUCACAACGUCCAAAUUUCAUUUUGUUGAUUUAGCUGGAAGCGAGCGUUUGAAAAAGACGAAAUCAGAAGGAUCACGUUUAAAAGAAGGAAUUCAUAUUAAUACAGGGCUUUUAGCUUUAUCUAAUGUUAUUAAUGUUUUAUCUUCGGAAGCAUACCAAAGUCAACCGCUUGUUCAUCAUGUGCCAUAUCGAGACUCCAAACUGACGCGUCUCCUUCAGGAUUCAUUAGGUGGAAAUAGUCGUACUGUUAUGAUUGCCUGUAUUGAUGCAUCUCAUCAACAUGCUUCGGAAACUUUGAGUACUAUCAAAUAUGCAGCUCGUGCUCGAAAUAUUCAGAAUAGUGCAACAGUGAACCAAAAUCCUCACGCGACGCUUGUGGAAUGCUAUCAAAGGCAAAUUGACGAUUUGAAUCAUCAAAUAGAAAAGCUUAAAAAAAAGGAGCACUCUCUGCUACAAGAUUUUGUACUAGUGGAUCGCUUGGUUAAGAAAUUUAACUACACUGUCGCUCUAGAAAAAAAAAAACAGUUUCAAUGGCGUCAGACAUGUCAAAGCAUUUGUCAGAAGGUAGAGGCUUGUUUUUCAGUUCAUACAAAACUUAAAAAACAAGCGUGUUUAGAUACAAUGCUUCCAGUCAACGAUGUAAAUACUGAUUUCGAUGAAAUGCUACAAAACCUUCAUUCCUUAACAAGCACUAUUGAUUUAGAAUCAGUAGAUGAGCCAAAAGAAAUUUUGUUUAUGAAUGCUUCUAAUAUGGUUACUAGACAAUCAGAGGAGGAAGUCGCUUUGAAACAUGUUGGAAAACAGAGUUUACACAGUAAAACGAAUCUACAUGACAAGAAAGCUUCACUUUGCGUUUCCCCCCCAAUGGUACGAAUUUCACCAACCUCUGAUGACUCUUGCUUUUGUCUACCACCUCAAAAGGAUGAAAAAGAGAGCGAUGCGCUUGCUGCUUAUGAGCAAGUCAUGCUAUGUUGCGCACAAGUAAUCGGGGAAAUUGACAAUGUUUCGUCAAAUGAGCCCUCUUUGCUAAAAAAAAGGAAUACGCGUGAUGUGGAAGCAAUCACACAGCAAGGCAACCUACCUAACGAGGAUAAAGAAAUCAAGACACCGCAAACGCCAUCUCUAAAACCUAAAUGUAUUCAGCGUCAAGUAAUUCGUUUUAAACGCAAAAAAAGUGAUAGUGCCGAAGAACAUGCUAAAGAUGAAAAAGUCUAUGCGUCUUUACUUGGUUUCUCUACAGCUUCAACACAAAUAUCAAACCAUCAAAUCAAUAGGUGUUCAAAAUUUCAGAAGCAAAAUAAUGACUCUAGUCGGAAUUUUGAUAUUGAGACAAAAACCGUUCAAACACUACCAGAUACACCCUUCAUACCUACCUGUUCUUUUAUAACACCAAGCAACAAAUGCCACAGUCCGAGUUGCAAACAUUUCCCGUCUUAUAUUACCCGCACUUGGAAUUCAUUCGCAGUGUGUUUUCCUAGAUUGGCUGAAAGCGAAACUCUUGUGACCCACAUUGAAAAUCGUUUUCAUAAAAAUGCAGCACCUCUUUACAAUGUAAAGGAGGGCUUACGGCCCAUCAUCGGUUGUGCUCAAGCCUCACUCAACACACCAACUCUAAGAAACGAUGAACAUGUUCUGAUUUCUUCAAAUGAAUUAAGUGAAGAAAGAUGUUGCUCUUACUUGAAUAAAUGUCUUCCAUUAUAUAUUUUAUUUGAACAAUGGUACCAAAAAGCAUAUUCUUCAAGCCCCAGAGAAACUAUGACAAGUGCCCAGUUACUCUCCAACCUUCUUCAUGUUGCUCAACCUCUCCUUGUAUCAUCUUGUGACAUUCAGAUUUUGUUCCAUGCAUUAAUGACACUUGCUUCAAAUGUAGUUUCUUCAUCUUUCCCUAAACAAAAUUCUUUUAAACCAAAGACUCGCCACGAAAUCCAAAAACCGUCAAAACAUCAAGUCACAAAAAAGAAAAAAAAAAUUUUCAAACUUCCUCGACGCAUGGAUUUAACCAAAUUUCAAAAACGUUUUAGAGUGACUCUUGUCCCAAUUCCCAUACUGUCUUCGAUGAAUCUAAAAUUUUCUAAAUCUUGCUUAACAUUGUCGAUUUUCCGAAUACAAAAGAAAAGUCGAAAUGAUGUCAGGCGUCAACAUUGGAAGAAAUUCACCGCGCCUUCAGUACCUCCUUGUUUAUCACAAAGCGAAGCUGGGCAAUUGAAACACCCGGAGAAAGUGAAAACUGAUAAAUCUAAAGAGGCUUGGCAUUUCCAAAGAGAUCCACAAUUUUUAACGAAGAAUUUUAGACUACCGCAUUGGAAAGCAUCUCAACAUUUGUUGUCUAUCAAGUCACCCUGUCGUCAUCACAGAAGUCAGAAAAAAUUACUAAAGGAGUCAAGCCUUUUGUAUGGAAUAGAAAAAAAAUCAAAGAAAAUGCUUCUUUUUCCAAAAAAACAACACACAAAAUUAAGUGUUAAAAAAAAACCAUUCACACCGUAUGAAACUGUUACUGUGGAUGGUGUUCGAUUUCUCCGUAAUUAUAUGAGUGAAGAGAUAACCGACUGCGUGGAAGCCCCUUAAGUGCAAAAAUAACAUCUUGUCACUCCGCAUCAGAACAAAUAUCUGUUUAAAAGUGAAACAAAAAUAUUCUGCAAAAUUUAUUUUAAUCUAACGCUGUGAGGUGUACUAGGUGAAUUGAUUUAAAUGGGCACAUGUCUUAGUGCUGGUGAGAAUUUGUUCAAGUAGUUAAUUUCAUUUUAAAAUCAUUGCCAACAUUCACGAAUAUUCUUCUCACGAAAUGGAAAUUCUGCAUCUCAAAAAAUUAACACAUGAAAAAGUGACACAUUCUAAAAUAUCCACGGCUAAAAAGUGUUCACUGGAAUACCACCCUGUCUUGAUGCUAUUAAGAAGCGUGGCAAGCUGCUAAAAAAGGAAUUCGUAGCUUUUUAGUGACCUCUAAAUGGCAGAUCAAUCAAAAAGUGAACAUUUAAAAGAGUCUCUUUUUCUUGCAUUGGUAUUUUAAAAAGUGUCUUUAAUAACUAAAACGGUUACGAUCUGUUUAUAAUUUAUUAUAGAGUAUUACACAAAAUGUUAUUUGAUUGUAAUAUGUAGCGUUAUGUGUUCUUCAAUUCAACUCAAUUUCUUUAGUAGUUAAUGACCAUGAAACGUAAUAAACGCUUGUGUUCGUUUUGCAGCGUAUUCCAUGCUAACAUAAUAAGUUAAAGUUUACUUUUAGAUAUGUUUAGAUAAAGAAGUAAUAUAGAGAUCAAGCAAUAAAACGUCUGAUGGUUUGUUCUAUUGAACCUUUUCGACUAAUUGAAUUAAUAAAAAUGUUGAUGCAUCUUUAUUUAAAAGUUUUCUCAAAUUCUUGAUAAUUUUUAUAUAUUAAAGAUAAACAUCAUAAGUUUUAUCAAGCAUAUUAAUUUUUUUUUGGUUAUUUUUUUAUAUAGUCUAAUUUUUGUC